AAUAUGGCGGCGGGCGCUGCGCGGCCGGUCGUAGCGCGCGGAGUGCAGUGAUGUCCGCGUCCGCGCCCCACGCCCACGGGCGCACCCCCGUGCGGCGCAGGGGGCAUCAACACCACCCGCGGCUGAGGGGCGACCGUUUACCCGCCCCCAGCUCGCCCGCAAACACUACUCCGUCCAAACGUGUGACCUUAGACACUCAAACAGACGAUGUUGUGCCUUGUGUCAAUAGUGUUAGUGAAUCUCAAGAAUUGACAAGGACGAAUAGUGACGAUGCACUUUCGAAUCGAAGCAUACUCGAGGACUCGAAUAUCGAUGAUGAUGAAAUUGAAUUUGAUAUUAGGAUCACCGGUGCAGACUCGAAUGGAAGUUCGGAUGACGACUUUUCCUUUAGAGAGGAGAGAUCAGCGGGUGACGGUGCAGAGGUAACGGCGUUAGCCUCUGAUAUAUCAGAUGAUGAUCCCGAGACUGCGGAACUAGCAAAACUCAGAUGUCCUAGUGAAUGUACUGAAGUUUUGGCCGCCAGGGAAAAUCGGAGAAGGCGAAGAUGUGCCGACUAUCCGGGACUCGCGUUCGGAAGUUCCAUAUUCUCUUCAGAUACAAUGAUGAAAUUUUCUAUCAUCAAGAAUGAGUUGCAGAAUAUUAAGAAUACUGCAUUGAAAAGGGCCGAAUCCGAAGUUGCUGCGCUCAAUCGACGCAUCCAACUGCUCGAGGAAGACUUGGAGAGGUCAGAGGAACGUCUCGCGACCGCAACCGCUAAGCUCGCGGAGGCUAGCCAGGCCGCCGAUGAGUCGGAACGAAUACGCAAGGCGCUGGAGAACCGAACCAACAUGGAGGACGAUCGCGUCGCCAUUUUGGAAGCCCAACUCUCACAGGCAAAACUCAUCGCCGAGGAGUCGGACAAGAAAUACGAAGAGGUGGCGCGCAAGCUCGUGCUGAUGGAGCAGGACCUCGAGCGGGCCGAGGAGCGCGCUGAGCAGAGCGAGUGCAAAAUCGUCGAGCUUGAAGAAGAGCUCCGCGUUGUCGGUAACAACCUGAAAUCCCUGGAAGUCUCUGAGGAGAAGGCGACACAAAGAGAAGAAUCCUACGAGGGUCAGGUGAAGGUGCUCGACGCGCAGCUCAAAGAGGCUGAAGCUCGUGCUGAAUUUGCCGAGCGCUCUGUCCAGAAACUCCAGAAGGAGGUCGACAGGCUUGAAGACGAUCUGGUGGCCGAGCGCGAAAAGAGCAAGGUCCUGCAGGAGGAGAUGGAGGCCACGCUCCACGACAUUCAGAACAUGUGAACACCUCGCCCUCUCACAACCCCCUCCCCUCCCCCGCCCGCCUCACUUCGCUCGCUAUCGAUAUCGACAAACAUGUCCACCUCACUAGUCUGCUCUCUGAGUGACGUCUGUCAAUUCUGACAUCUGUCAAUAUCGUGCUGCCAUUGCAAAAAUACGUGUAUAUGGUAGAUGCGCGCUAUCAUUAUUUAUUAACUUUAUACGCCGCUGUUCUUAUAUUUUUAUACUUUUUUUCUUUUAUGACAUGACUAGUUAUAUAAAAGUGAAGCGGGCGGGUGACGAGAUGUUACUAGAUAUAAAGUAAUUGCCAGCCGCUUUUUAUGUAACGUCAAAAUCUAGUUCGCUACGACGCCACUGCCAAGUGCAAUUUUUUUUUUAGUUUCGAUCACAGUUUACUAAUGUUUUGUAUGCUAUUAAGUGUAUUUCCUCAUUUGUAUAAGUCGGCGCGUCUGUAGUCGAAAAUCGUAUUAAGUAGUCUUAAAAAAAAAAUCGACUUGUAAUUAAGGUAUUUCGACAUUCCAUUUUUGGGACCAAACGAGUCGUAAUAACUUUUGUCAAAUUAGUUGCACUUAUAUGAUAGGAGUGACAUUCCUGUAAUUAUUCCAAUGUUAUAUUACGAGUACUGUAGAUGUGUCGGGGAGUGCACCGUUUGCGAUUUAUAAUGAACUUUUUAUUUACUUAAUACUAGGAAAGAGAUUAGUUAUUUUUUAUUUAAUGAGUGAUGGUAACAAGUAAAAUAAUGAUAUUUAUGAGAAUAUGCUUGAUAUGAAUUAUUUUGAUAUUCUAUAUACUUUCGAGAACGUUUUCUAUUCUUGUGUCAUAAUUUCCGCUUGUUGUUAUUUAUUAAGAAUAAAUUAUGACAGAUUUUCGAGAACUUUAGAUUUUCUCACAAUUGGCGCUUUUUUCGAAGCUGGCAAUUAACCUCUAGAAAGAGGUUCCGUAACCGAUACAUAAAAGGAAUAAUACUGUAAUUAAAAUCCGAUCGAGGGUAAUCCGUCGUUUCUUUUAAAUGUUAUUGAUUAAUGAAUUGAUAGAUAGUUCGUGAGAAAUAAAUUAAUGAUUUUAAGAGUAUUCUAACACGUGUUUAUAAAUAUAUUAUAUUAUUAUUUUUAA